AUGCAGGGUAUCCCACGUGGAACAUUUUCUGGCCCGCCAGUGCUCUAUGCUCCGCGGUCGCGGGCUGCCAUCCUCCAGCCGGCCAGCCGCGAGUGGUGCGCAGAGGGAGGCGGGGCGGAAAGGCGAGAGGUGUCUCCUUCACCGGAGCCACGGGAGACCCGAGCAAGCUCCGUGACAGCACGUCGGCCGCCAUGUCGCCGAGUGGGGCUGGAAACAGACCCGGCGCCCAGCGGUAGCCGUCCUUGCGCCUCCGAUUCCCAGGUGAGGAGAGGAGGAGCGGGAUGCAGGGGACCCGCCGGCUCGCGGCCGGGAUGGAAAGCCUUUCGGAAGCCCCUCGCUCCUCCCCCUGCGCUGUCCUCCUCCAGCCGCGCAGCCUCUGCCCUCCCGGUGAGGUGUAGCCCGGUCCCCUCACCUCCUCCGCCUCUCAGGUCGCCUGUUUUCCUCUCCUUUCUCAGCUACUGUGGGUCUCCUAUUGCUGCGCGUCGCGCCAAUUUCUCCCUCCCUAGGGGACUAGCGCCAGAAGUCGUUCUUCACCCGGCUCCUGGAGGAGCCUGCGGCUUCCACGGUCUCCAUUCCUUUCUGUUCUGUGGCCCACAGCCCGCUCUCCCCACCCUUGUGGAUGGUUUUCAUUUCCCCCCCACACCUGGUCCCCCCCAUCACCACCACUUUGGUUGUCAAGAACCGCGUGGUGUCUCCCUUCCAUUCCUCUCUCUGGGCCAAUAUUUUCCUUAAUUUUUUCAGUUUGUGUGUUUGAAAGACUUAAAGUUAAGAUUAAAAAUGAAGAUUUAAAAGCUUACAAUUCCUUUCUAAGCUUAAAAAGAUUAAGACUUUAGGAUGCUUAUUUUAUUCCUUAUGUAAACUUAGUCAAACACAUCGUACUGUGGAAUGCGACUUAAAAGACCCAAUUUUGAAGACUAAAAAUAGGAUGCUGUAAUGGAAAUUUUGGCAGUCUUUUUUUUUUUUUUUUUUUUUUAACCUAUUGGGCAAUGUUACAAGACACGGUUCUUUGAGAGUGUUUUCGGUGUUUCAGGAUCAAACUUAGAAAGAGCUUUUACCCAUUAUCCUUACCACCAAGGCAAGAAACGGCAGCCAAUCAACUCCGUGUCUUAAAAUACGUACAAUCCUUUCUGCUUACUCUACUGAGAGCGUAAUUGAAUUUGGCAUUUAAAUGCACAAGGAAAAGGUUCCUAAGGAAUGUAUCACCUAGCAAAUAGUCUGAAGAUUAUACUCAUCUGAUGAAGCUCAAGCGGAUAAAGAAUUGACAACCAAAUGUGACCUUUUGUGGAUUAUAAAUUUGUUAGGACGUCAUAGAAAAUAUCUCAUCAACUGUUGUACAAACUCUGGGGACUCACUCGUUGGUCUUAAUUUGCUUAAAUUCUUUUUUCAUACAGUUUUCUCAGUGACAAUUUUCUAGAAGUGACUUUGCGUCCUCUGAACCUCUCUCCAUUACUGAGCUGCCUCCCCCUCUCCCCUUAGAAAACAUUUUCAUAGAUUCAGAAAUACACUUUUUUUCUCCCCUCCAGGACCCGGAGUCCUAAGUAUUUUUAAAUCAGAUAAAAUAGAAUUAUGUCUCCAUGGUUCACUCAUAGAAAUGUGUCGUUGAAUUUCUUACUUUUUAAAUAUACUUUUAAAAAAACACUGUGGUCGCUGGGUAUGGUAGUUCAUGCCUGUAAUCCCAGCACUUUGGGAGGCCAAGGGAGCACUUUGGGGGUCCAACUUGCUGCCGGGAGUUCGAAGCCAGACUGGGCAACAUAGACUCUGUCUCCUUAAAAAAAAAAAAAAGAAAGAAAAAGAGAAAAAGGAAAAUAAACAUUGUGGUUAAAAAAAAAAAA